GGGAAGCAAGGUCCUUCAAACGUGCGAACUCAAAUCGAGCUUUAGUGUAGCUGGCCAUGGUUCAGGGCUGGGGAUCAGGAAAGAGAACUUUAGAGCGAAGUGGAGGAAGAUCAGGACUUGGGGCGUUGCGAUUUCUUCCGAGAUCGCCCCGUAGUGUUGAUUACUCUUCUUACAGGCAGGGAGCUCAGCUAUGGUGUGGUUGCCAGCUCAGAGACUUAUCCAACCUGUAAGGGUCAAAUGCAACUUUUCAGCCUGCAAAUUUUGUUUCUUUCGGAAAUUAUCCAUUCAACCAGUUCAACAAAAGAAGAUUCCAAAUAGAUAUCUAGGCCAGCCUAGCCCUUUCACACAUCCACAUCUUCUUAAGCCAGGAGAGGUAACACCAGGAUUAUCACAAGUGGAAUAUGCUCUCCGUAGACACAAGUUGAUGGCUCAGAUACAGCAAGAGGUGCAAGGGACAAAUCACACAAUAAUUCUGCUUUCAAAUCCUACCUAUUACAUGAGCAAUGAUAUUCCAUAUACCUUUCACCAGGACACUAAUUUCCUAUAUUUGUGUGGCUUCCAAGAACCGGAUAGUAUCUUAGUGUUGCAAAGUGUGCCUGGUAGAUCUUUGCCAUAUCACAAAGCUUUACUGUUUGUUCCAAAACGAGAUCCAAGCCGAGAGUUGUGGGAUGGGCCACGAUCUGGCACAGAUGGAGCAGUGGCUCUCACUGGUGUAGAUGAAGCAUAUACCAUGGAAGAGUUUAGACAUCUGGUAUCUAAAUUAAAAGAUGACUCUAGCACAGUUUGGUAUGAUUUUGCUAAACCUGUGCAUCCACAGCUCCAUUCUGAUUAUCUGCUGCAUCUGGCUGAGGUCAGAGCUAAAUGCAACAACCAGGUUCGAGCUGUCCGGCAUCUAGUACAAAACCUACGGCUAAUGAAAUCUGCCACAGAGAUUGAGAGGAUGAAAUUUUCUGCAAAAAUCACUUCACAGGCAUUCAUAGAGACUAUGUUUACAAGUAAAGCACCAGUGGAUGAAGCAUUCCUAUAUGCUAAGUUUGAAUUUGAGUGCCGGGCUCGUGGUGCUGAUAUUUUAGCUUAUCCCCCUGUGGUUGCUGGCGGCAACAGGUCCAAUACCUUGCAUUAUGUGAAAAACAAUCAAUUUAUCAAGGAUGGAGAAAUGGUUUUAUUGGACGGAGGGUGUGAAUACUCUUGUUAUGUGAGUGACAUUACCCGCACUUGGCCCAUCAAUGGCAGGUUCACUAGUCCCCAAGCAGAGCUGUACCAGGCUAUACUGGAGGUCCAGAAGUCAUGCCUAAGACUUUGUUCUCCAGGUGUGAGCCUAGAAAACAUCUACAAUUUAAUGCUAACUCUCAUUGGACAGAAGCUGAAAGAGUUGGGAAUCGUAAAGGAUAGCACUAGUGAGGGUCAGGUCUUCAAGGCUGUUCGGAAAUACUGUCCACAUCAUGUAGGACAUUAUCUGGGAAUGGAUGUUCAUGAUACACCUGAUGUAUCCCGAUCAACUCUCCUCCAGCCAAGCAUGGUGAUCACCAUUGAGCCAGGCAUUUACAUACCUGAAGAUGAUACAAGUGCCCCUGAACGAUUCCGUGGCAUAGGAAUACGCAUUGAGGAUGAUGUGGUAGUGACCGAGAAUGUACCAUUGAUCUUGUCUGCAGAUUGCCCAAAGGAGAUCUAUGAUAUUGAACAGGUUUGCAGUUGUAGCCUUUGAUUGUUCUUCACUGCCUUUUUUAUAUUUUGCUCGGGUUUAGAUUGGAAAAUACACACUCAUAUAUAACACAGUUUUUCAUAACUUGUAGGAUUGUUUGACUAGAUAGAAUCACUACUAGAAAAAUAUUACUUGCAAGGAACUGUGUGUAAAUAUUUUGCAAGACACAAUUACACUAUUUAAAUGGGAAAUGUACAUUACCGUUCAACAUGUAUUUUAAAGCUAUGCUAAUACUAAAACAAAGCUCAUGAAACAGAAUUCUGCAUCCCAUCAUUUGGUCUAUUUCUUUCUGUGCUUAUACUGUGAUGAUGUUAUUUACAGAGAUGUACUGAAUAUCAGCUGUACUGACCUUUCUCAGACUGCAUAUGUAUGUCUAUAACAAUUACAUUUUUAAUUUUAGUUUUUUAAUUGUAAGAGCUGAAAAGAAAAAAAAGGAGCAUUUUUCUGGAUACAGUAAUUUGCAGUGUAUAAAAGAAAAGCAAAAAAAAAAAGAACGCCAAACUUGAAAUUAGAGGAGCUUUUCCCCUUUUCAGAAGAUACAAGAAGGGCUAACAUGUUGGGAAAUCCAUUAAUGUGAAAAUGAGGGUAUUACAUAUAAAGGACAGCUAAAGACAAAUCCCUGUGUAGAAUUAGAUGUGGCAAAGCUAUUGAUCACAAUGUGUUUAAGCACACCCAGUCCUGCAUAUAUUGAUGGCUUGGCUUUAGUGAUUAAAAAUGUCAGUUUUAGGUGAAAAUAAUAUGAGCUCAUUUGAUAAACUCACAGUGAAUCAGACUAGAUUCAAAAUGCUUAUCAAUGAAGUUGUGAUUACUGUAUUUUUCUUUAUAUAUUCAGCCUCUCAUAGGAAAUGUGAACACAGAAGCACUUUGGGAUCCAACUAUGAAAAGUACUGCAUUUAUAUUAAAUUGCUCUUUUCCUUGACUAAAUACAUAGAAACGGUAACCCAAAAAGUGGUAACACUCCAAUUCUUUAUAUUGUGGUAAAAUCUAGCAAUUGAUAUAAGACUAUUUCUGAAGUGAUGCAAAGCAUCAGGAUUUUUUAAAUUUGAAAUUCUUACAGAAUACUCUGUUUUAAGGUUGAGGUCUUAAUACCACAUAUUAUCAGAAGAUCAAAACAAAAGUUAAAUUGAGAAAUCAACAACUUUCUUACAAGUAGAAACAUAAAAAUAAGUACACUAAUUAAGUUCACAAAUAUGAUUAAAGCUUGGUACUAUUCUAGUUGGGUCAAAUUGUUUUCCAAGGAAUUUUUAUAAAAGAUGAAAUGUUACAUAAUUAUCUGGCGAAUAUUUUUUGUGAAGUGCUUUUUGCAUUUUUGAAAGAAAGAUGCUGUCUGUGUACAAUGUAAUUAUUACAGAUGUGUAAUAUACAAAAGUGUUUUAUUCUUCUAAAAAGAAAAAAAAUCUGUAUUGGUGAAAAUAUAAUUUCAACAAUUAUAUUUGAAACUUGGCUUACAGAAACUACCCCCCCCUUGUCAGGUAACCUAUUUUCUUCAAUAUCCUAAAAUGAGAAGUUUCUAGCCUUUUAUCAGUGAUAGCCACUGAAGAUAUGAAUCUGGUUUUAGCAUAUAUUAAAUAACCCAUGACUUAUUGGA